CGUCUCUUUCAUCAACAGUGUUGCAACCCGACCAUUUCCUCGCUCCGCUCUAACAGAACCACACCUCGGGCAGGGGUUGAAGUUCCCAAGGAAAGUUUCCUCCUCCUUUUCGGGCACAGAGAGCCGGCCGGGGGAGAAAGCCCCGGAGAAAGCCCCGCUGGGAUCGGGCUGCGAGAAGGGGAAGGUGUGGCCAGCGCAGGGGACCUGAACGGUGACACACGACCCUGAGAGCUGAAGGGGAAAGUGACCUUCCCCCGCUUCCCUUGGGAUUUCCUAGCCGAGACCAACUACACCUGCUCCAUGGAGUGACUCAGAGCUGGGCCUGGGCUGCCAUUUCUCUUGGGUGUAAACCCUCCCAGUUCAAGUGGGAGUGAAGCCGGGGGCCGGAGGAGCCUUGACCACAUCUGGAAGCCGAGCGACCAGAGGGUGAAAAAAAGAAAAACUGGAAGCCUCUGCGAAUAUGAGUGACUUUUGGCACAAACUCGGCUGCUGUGUAGUAGAAAAACCACAACCGAAAAAGAAAAGGAGGCGAAUUGACCGCACUAUGAUAGGGGAGCCGAUGAAUUUUGUACACCUGACGCACAUCGGAUCAGGUGAUAUGGCAGCUAACGAGGGCCUUCCCAUGACAGGCGCUGUUCAAGAGAUGAGAUCCAAAGGCGGACGGGAGAGACAAUGGAGUAGCUCCAGAGUUUUGUAGCUCUAGCAAUGGAGUGUAGCAACAGAGUGUUCCAGGCUACGUCAACAGCCCACACUUGAAUUGCCUGUUUGCCAGACAGGUGGAAAUACAAAUAUCUAGCGCUUUAUUCACUCGAUAACUUAUGCAAACUGAUCCCAAACUUCAAUUUUUUUUUUACAUGUUUUCUCAGCAUCUAAUAAGUUUUCACUGAAAGUGCAAUGUGGGUUUUUUCUUUUUUUUAAUACUGAAAGUUCCUCUCCUAAUACUUCCCCCCCCCCCCCCCCCCCAUGAAUCCCAGCAGCUUGUGUUUUUGCUGUUGUUGUUGGGUUUUUUUCAGAGCCCUCUAACUCUAUUCCUAACUAUAAGCACAAAAAUAACAGCCAAGCACCAGUCUAUUCGACAGUCUUUCAGCGCUGCCGUGAAGAAUGGAAAGAUUAGCCAUGAAACUGUCAGAGCAUCGUUUGGUCCCACCUUCGAUGGGAGAGGAAAGGUCACUGCUAAAACAUUGGUCUUCAAGCUAUACAAUUUCCUCUUUGGAAUUUGAUCCAAUUCAGGGGCUGAUGAUCAGGAUUGCUGUCAGAGCAAAACACUCCCUUAACAUCAAUGUGUUCGGUUUAACUGGUCUUUAAUAGCACCAGAAGAUAUUCAUGUCAGUGGCGCUGGGCAACUUAAUUAGCUGAGCUUUAAGAUGGGAAUAUUCAGGAGUGAUGGAGGGUCUAGUUGUCAGAGAGCGGAACUCCUGAUUGCUAGUCCUGCCUCGAACGCAGAUUCCUCUUGCAGCUUGCUCAUAAGUGCUUUCCUGAGUCAACGCCUUAGGCCUACAUUUUAAAAGGUCCCCACUCAUUUUGGGUGCCCAACUUGAAGGCACCUCGGGGGCUGAUUUUCAUAGGUGCCAAGCUUCUGGAGUUUGGGGGCGUGGUCCAGCUGAAAAUCAGGCUCUUGGUGUCGCAAGUUGAGCACCCAAAUUAGUAGACUAUUUUCAAAGGGCUGGCCUCCCUGCCUCAGUUUCCCCAGCUCAUAACAACGUGCCUACCUCACAGGGAUGUUGUGAGGAUUAGCAUUCUGCAAAGAGCUGUUUGUGCUAUAUAACAGGACUAUUAGAAGAAAUGGAUUUACCCAGUCGUCUUGAUACUUCUUCAGGUGCACGAUGAAAUGCACAGCACAGCAAUCCACAGUGUACUUAAAAAGACAUGUUAAUGGCCAAGAUCUUCAGAACUGAAUAGUGAUCUUCAGGGCCUCAGUUUGGAGACACCUUAAUGUGGCUUGACUUUCAGAAAGCGAGGCGCACCUCUGAAAAACAUCCCUCCUAAAGUCUCAAGUUACUUUUGAACAACUUUGGCCUGCAGCUUUAAGACCUGUCUCGUGCAGUGUGUGGAACAGUUUUCUGUGAAUAGAUCAGUCCUGUAAGAGGUGGUACAUAUAAACUACUGUCAUGGUUGAAAGGGGAUCUUCCUCCAUAUUUCUGUUAGAGAUGUCAGUGUGGUACAAACGCACACAUGCGUGGUUUUUUUGUUUUGGUUUUAAGACAGAAAACUA